AUGGAUAACGACGAGGACUACGGCGUCGCUGGGCUCCUGGAGGAGCCUGAGGAUUACUACCCGCCGCCGCCGCCGCCGACGCAGCAGGUGUUUACCAUGCGCAACGGCCGGGCCGUGACGCUGCACCUCGUCGGCGCCAGCCCGACCGAGGCGAACCACCUGUGGAACGGCGCCAAGGUGGUCUCGGACUACCUGGAGGCGCAGCCGUCGCGCGUGCGCGGCCGGACCGUGCUCGAGCUCGGCGCCGCCUCCGGCCUUCCCUCGCUAGUCGCCGGCCUCCUCGGCGCGCGCAAGGUCGUCAUGACCGACUUCCCUGACCCGGACCUCGUCGCCAACAUGCAGAAGAACAUUGACGCCUGCGACGGUGCGUCGGCCGUCGUGGAGGCGGCGGGCUUCGUCUGGGGCCGCGACGUCGCGCCCCUGCUGGCCCGGCUGGACGGGGACGGGCAGGCAAAGUUUGACGUGCUGAUCCUGGCGGACCUGCUGUUCCGGCACAGCGAACACGGGAUGCUGGUCAGGACGAUCCGCGAGGCGAUGGCGCGCGACGGCGGCGUGGCGUACGUCUUCUUCACGUCGUACCGGCCGUGGAAGCGCGACCGCGACAUGAAGUUCUUCGACGUGGCGCGCGAGGCCGGCCUGGAGGUGGUGCGCGUGGAGGAGCGCAUCCUGGACAAGCCGAUGUUUGAGAAUGAUCCGGGCGACUUGGACGUGCAGAAGACGGUGAAUGGGUUCGAGGUGCGGUGGCCGGAGCCGAGGUGA